AUGGUGACCAGAAGUAACUGGAAUAAUCCUCAACCUGUCAACUUUUGGACCUCGAUCCAGGGCUUGCCAACCCUCAUCAUUGCCCUGAUUGGGCUGGUGGGAAAUGCAGUUGUGCUCUGGCUUCUGGGCUUCCGCAUGCACAGGAACGCCCUGUCAGUCUACAUCCUCAACCUGGCGGGAGCCGACUUCCUUUUUCUCUGUUUUCAUGUUAUGGUUUCUCUGAACAAACUCAACCUCACUUUCCUUUCCUUUCUCGCCUUCAUCCUCAAGUACUUACCCAUUGUAAUGAUCUGUUCCUACCUUACAGGCCUGAGCGUGUUGAGCGCCAUUAGUGCUGAGCGCUGCCUGUCCAUCCUGUGUCCCAUCUGGUACCGCUGCCACCGCCCGAUUCACACCUCAGCUGUUAUAUGUGCCAUACUCUGGGCCCUGUCCCUGCUACUGAGCAUCCUGGAUGUGUACCACUGUACCUUCCUAUCUACAAAUUUCAACUAUUGGUGUCAGACAUUUAGUUUCAUCACGGCUGCAUGGCUGAUAAUUUUAUUUAUGGUUCUCUCUAUAUCUAGCCUCACCCUGCUCAUCAAGGUCAUCUGUGGCUCUCGGAGAGUACCGCUGACCAGGCUGUAUGUGACUAUUGGGCUUACAGUUCUGGUCUUCCUCUUCUGUGGCCUGCCUGUAGGCAUCAUGAAUUCUCUGUUGUCCUGGAUUCAUAAAAACAAUAUGAGUCUGCAUUUUUUAAACAUUACUUUAUUUCUGUCUAGUAUUAACAGCAGCGCCAAUCCCAUCAUUUACUUGUUUGUUGGCUCCUGUAGGCGGGGACAGCACCGUCGGCGGCAGCGACCAUCGCUCAAGUUGGUUCUGGAGAAGGCCUUCCAGGACAUACCUGAGGUGGAGAAAAGUGGAGAAAGUCUUCCUCAGGAAACUAUGGAGAGUAUAACAUCCUCCUAA